AGUUGAAUAUAUUGUUUAGUCAACUUCUAUGAUUCGGAGCGUUUGCACGUAUAUGUCUCGAUUGUGCGUGUAUAUUUAUUAAUUUAUUUUUUAUUUUAACCCAACGUUUCUUUUCUCCUUGAGAGUUUCGGAGAGUAUUUUCGCUUCGAUCUGUGCCCCGCGAUGACAGUACCGCGGACGACGUAGCAGAUGAGAAAUCUGUUUUCCGGCGAUCGUAAAACAAUUCGAACGAAGAAUAACUUAACGAAAGGCGGUGUGCGCGGCUAAACCCGUAUCAAUAAAUCGGCGCUCUGUACACACGCGGCGGACGUCGCUUCUUGCGUAGACAACCAGUAAUUCGCUGGUAAAACUUAACUUCGAUAGUUUGCCGCAAACGUGUGACAAUUGUACACUUCCAAAAAAUUUCGACCGAGUGCGUUUGGGGAAGAACAAAAAGUAUAGUGCUGCAGCAGCGAAGAUUAAACAUUGGAUUGCAUGUGAGGGCAAGUGUGUGGAAAGCUAAGCAGCAGCAGUGAAACAGAUUAAAAAGUUAUACUAAUCGAAAGACGUACCUGAAUGUUGGAACGCGUGGGUGCCGUUUCGGUCGUGACGUUCAAGAGCAAAACGCAGAUAUUCUGCCAGCGGAAAAUGCAGGCCCCCACCAAGUGAAGAGCCAAACAAGAAUACCAAGUGAGAUUGAAACCAAUGUGAGAUGUGCAAAAGUGCGUUUGUUUUGAUUGUUCAGUUUUUCUUUGGGUUUCUGGAAGAAGCAGAGCAAGUUACCCAAUUGAGUAUCGCCGCUAAUUUGAAUUAUCUUGAAUGAAGAAGAAUCUACGGCAGAGACCUCCGUUCAAAGCGGCUUCAGUGUGGAAUCCGUGCAGUGGUUUAGGGUACGAGUUUGAGUUCAUCAAAACACAGUAGAAAAAGUCAGCGCCAGUAAACAAUUUAGAAGUUAGAAGAAAAAGAAGACGAAGAAGUUAUCAGUGAAGAGUAAACACCUGAGCGAUGAUUGAUUGAUUUCGGCUGCACAGGAGAAUUGAAAUAUUGAAAUACGUCGAGGCUCACAUUGUAGCGGACAGCCCAACAGCAGGUUCACAGCGUUGGGGUGUUGAACGGCAGCCCAAAGAGGACGAUAGAUAAAACAAGUCUGUCUGAUUUGAUCACUUUGACGUGAUCGAAUUCUGGUUCAUCUCGUGAGAUCACUCGGGAAGAAACAACCUGUUACAUCUGAGCAGUCGAGGUUUCGGCAAUUUGCAAAUCACCUGCGAUAGAAAUUUGGCAGACAUUUCAACUUGAAGAAUUGGAGCAAGAGGGAAAGAACCCCGAAAACGUGAGAUUGGAACACGCUGAGGCGUGUUAUGAUAGCGAGCCAUUUUUUAUAAGAUAGGAAAACUGAGCCCAAAUUUGGAGCCCUACCCCGCCAGCGUGGAAGGGCUUAAUAGCCCUAGAGCGGUGGGGAUGGCCGCCACCACGUACAUAUCGCCGAGCGGAGAGCUGGAUAUGGCCUUAGGCGGCGGAUAUCACACAUCUUCACCGCGGAGUGCUGCCGAUGCAAACGAGAUGAAGUAUAUGCAUCAUCAUCACCACCAGAGUCACCAUCAUGUGCCCUCUAGUCCUAGUCCUAAUCACGGAGGUUUGGGUUCGGUGACGGGUGGUCUCGGCGGUGUCGGUGGCAAUCCCUGGGCGGCACUCCAACCAACUGACCCAUGGGCGCUACACUCACACCAUCCUCACAGCCACCCGCAUGCGACGGACGUCAAGCAGGAAAUGCAUUUAUCGCAGCAAGCACGGGCACAACAAGGGAUGGCAUCACCGCAUGCUUGGCAUGCACCAGUCCAUCCCGGAACGCACUACGCUACCGGUGGAUCUCCGCUCCAGUAUCACCAUGCAAUGAAUGGUAUGCUCCAUCAUCCUGCUCAUCCUGCUCAUCACCAAAGUGCGCCACCACUGCAUCAUUCGUUACGGGGUGAAUCGCCGCAACUACAUAUACCACACCACCACCUGCAAGGCGAUCGGGAUGUGAGCGCCGGGGAAGAAGACACUCCAACGUCAGACGACCUGGAAGCGUUCGCAAAGCAAUUCAAACAAAGACGAAUCAAGCUAGGAUUCACCCAGGCGGACGUAGGUCUGGCGCUCGGUACCCUUUACGGCAACGUUUUCUCUCAAACAACAAUAUGUCGAUUUGAGGCUCUACAGUUAAGUUUCAAGAACAUGUGCAAGCUGAAGCCACUGCUCCAAAAAUGGCUCGAAGAGGCUGAUUCGACUACGGGCUCGCCAACCAGCAUCGAUAAAAUUGCGGCGCAGGGUCGAAAACGAAAAAAGCGAACCAGCAUUGAGGUGUCCGUGAAGGGAGCCCUAGAGCAGCACUUCCACAAACAGCCGAAACCUUCGGCGCAAGAAAUUACCAGCCUUGCCGAUUCGCUCCAGCUUGAAAAAGAAGUGGUCCGAGUAUGGUUCUGCAACCGACGGCAAAAGGAGAAACGAAUGACGCCACCAAAUACGAUGGGCGGUGACAUGAUGGAUGGAAUGCCACCAGGUCACAUGGGUCACGGGGGCCACGGAUAUCAUCCGCACCAUGAUAUGCACGGUAGCCCGAUGGGUACCCACAGCCACAGCCAUAGUCCGCCCAUGCUCAGCCCCCAGAGUAUGGGCGGUGGGGGGCACCAUCAGUUGACGGCCCACUAGCAAUCAGAGCACCAGGAGUCCAGCAAUAACCCGGCGGUAUUCCAACCAAUACACCAUCCUGGAAUCUUGCAACCACAUACCGCCGCCAUUGCCUCCUCCGCCACCGGGAAUAGCUAUAGCAUAGCAUCAACUACCACAAAUACCUCUUCACCACCGUCGUCGGCGUCGUCAUCUUCGACAGCGGCCGCCGCAGCAGCGGCAGCCGCCUCUGGAGCAUCACCUUCGUCGUCGGCGGCGGCUGCUGCCGCACAAAUGUACAUAGAUCACAGGCAUCACCAACAGCAGCAGCAGAUGCAUGCUAGGCGGAUAUUCCAAGAAUGGACUCUGCAGUUCGGACCCACCGGAACUGCGACUGGUGCACGAUAUCUCAAUUGAACCAAUCGGUUAGGGUUGGUCAACUAAAAAACAACAUUCCCAAAUCAACAACAACAACAACAACUAACACACACAAAACCAAUAAGAUGCAAGCUAGUAAAAUAUAAAUUAAUUGGAAGACCCCUAAAUAAAUUGUUUAAAUAAUGGUUUAAACUUUAAAAAAGCAAGCAAAUAGUGGUGACUUAAAUUAAAUUGAUAAAAGAAAAUACGAAAUCGAAACUGUUUACCUGUAUAUAGGGAAGAUAUGAAUGAGUAAACACGUAAUAAAAGUAAGUUAAAUAUAAUCAGUACGGUGUAAGAGCAAAUAGUAUGUCAAAUGGUAGAAUUUAUAUAUGAGAUGACACACUCACACAACAAAAAAUGAAACAACACGAGCUAGAUAGAAAUGGAUGAAACGAAAUCUCACGAGCAAAAAGACGUUCCAAGACGUUGUUCUGGUGGUGUGAUGAUGAGUAUGACAAAGCGAGCAAAAACAAUGUGAAAAAAAAAUGAUAUUGAUAAACGACGACGAAAGUUAUGCGCACACAGUAGAUAUUCAUUCCAUCGAAAACGGGUGCAACUGUAAGUAUUUUUUUGAAUCAUGCGUUUGGCCCUAAAAUUACUUGUUUGGUACUCAAUGGUUUUGGAGCACUUUUGGGCCACAUUCAGAUCUUCAGUGAAGAAAAUUCAUCUUCAAAUUCGGGAGCAAAAUCUAUGAAGGCAUAAUCAUCGUUCACCUUCUUUCUCACCCAUUGUGUCCGUACUUUAUCCUGCUUCCUGCUUCGGCGUCGUCAUCUUCUUCUUCUACUGCACACACCCCGCCUUUGUGUCUCGUGAGCGGAAAUUUUUGUCUGUUCAGGAAAUACCGGUAGUAUCCUUUUACGAGCCCGACGGCAGGCUGCCGAUUAGUGUUGAUUGUUUUGCUCUUAUUUGUCUUCACACCUUUUCGGCAAAAGUCGGAACUGGAGUUCCCCCCGGUAAAUGAGUGGCAGGCUCUAAUUUAGGGCUGUUUGCUGGUUCAUCAUAAUUUUGAGGGAAAUUCCAUUAAUUGCAAAGGCGAUCGAUGCGUGAUGAUCGCCUUCUGUACCCGGCCGAGUCCUAGCCUCGGGAAUUCCGACUGUGACUUUUUUUUUGCUGUUGCCUUCCCAGGGAAUGGUUUCGAUGUUAUGUUUCGAAUGUGAUAAUGCGUGUUUGAGUCAAUCGAGUGCAAAUGUUCAAACAAUAGUAUACCGAAUCGUAAUGACGGGGGGAGAGCGUUUAAGUACAGCUUAUUGUAACUACGCAUUUGAGAAAGCGCGUAGGCCACUGUAUAGAGAAGCAUUCGGAUUACAUAAAACAUUGCGAAAAGUGUACGAACCAAUUAAUGAACAUAAAAUACCAACAUUUGUAAAAAGAAAACCAAUAGAAAACUCGUGCAAGAUUUCCAACGGAAGCAAGAAUCAACAAUAAAAUCGCGACCAUUCUCGUUUACAUGUCAUCGGGGCUUUUGACAGUUGUGACAGCCGUACUCUCUUUUGAUUUUCAUGCCACUAUUUUGAGAAUUGCAGAGCAAACUCCCGUUAUCAAGGCUGUAAAUUCUCUUUUCACAACAUUCGCGCAACUCGUUUAUUAAAAUAGAAGCAUGCGAGUCAUGUUAAGGUCUGAAUGAAUAGGUUUAAACAAAAAAUAAAAAAACACAGGGUAAAACUAUUAACGAAUAACGAAAACCAUCUGAAUUCCAUUCCUAUUAACACUGUUUGUGGAUUUUUUUUGCUCGCAAGGCCAGUGAUCGCCCCCCAUCAGGGAGAGAGUGCGUGAUAUCAUACAGCUUUUAUACGAAGAUUAAUUUUGCGGUUUGUUUCAACCUCUGUUAAAGACUCAAUCAUUUUUUCGUUUCCUCAAAAACUCAGUGAACGACAAACAUCGGGAAUCGAGAAUCGUCUCAUCUUUUCAAUGUGUUAAAUGUUUCAAAUUGAAAAAAAAAAUCCUGUAAAAUCGACAUUUCGUUUCUGUUAUUUGAUGUGUAGAACGAGAGCAAAAAAUAAAUUAAAAGCGACUGUGCAAAGUUGUGUAGAGACAGUGAGAGAAGCUUAUAAAAAACGGCCCACGAUUGUUUGUUUGUGAAAUCGUGCCGCAUGAUUACUCUGGAUGGGAUGAGAGUUUAAGCUAAAUGAACACAAAACAAGGCAAAGUCAUACGCAAUUGUAAUUAAGAGAACGAAAACUACAUUACACAUUAUGAUUGGAGAAAACCCACAGCAAACAUAAUAAGUGUAGAAGUGAACAGCAAAACCAACCAUGAAUAUAUAUGAAAAAAAAAAGAAUACAAAGAAAAUGUAAUAAAUCUCUUAUGAGUUUGUCGACUGUAAAUACUUGUAGAAAGAUGUUUUCGCUCAAUUUGUUUUUCAAUUUUCGUUGCUAGGAACGGUUCAAGAAGGGUAGCAUCGAACUGAAUAAUGAUAUAUAAUUUUGUUUGUUUUUGUACGUAAUUUUGUUUCAAUUAAUCAAAAUUUGUACUAACUAGUGAGAGUUAGGAAAAAGAAAAUCAAACACUUUAUUGAAAGUAAAGUCACCAAGAUGAAUAGUUUAUGUGUAACGAAAAAAAAACAAAUAAACAUUCCCAGAUAGAAAUAGAAGCAACAAAAAACAGCCAGAGACAGGACUUAAUUUUUGAAUCAUUUUAUCGUCUCGAUCAUUGCAAAGAUUAUUUUUAAUGAUUUACGAUGAAAACAAUGUGACAAGGAAACACGCAGAGUAAAAAAAGAUUAAGCUAAGUAAUUAAUUAUUAGAGUUAUUAUUAUUCUAUUAUAAUUAUUAUACACGAAAAAUGGCAACAAGAAAAACCAAUUUUAUUAAAAAUAUUUAUGAUGAA